GAAUGAUGUUUUUUGUUUUUUUGCACAAAUCUAGAGACUGCUGUUUAUGAAAAUCCCAGAAGAUCAGAACUUUCUGACAUAUUCAAACCAGCCUGUCUGGCACCAACAACCAUGCCACAGUCAAAGUCAUUGAGAACACACCCGCCCCAUUCUGAUGUAUGACGUGAACAUUACCUGAAGCUCUUGACCUGUAUCUGCAUGAAGCCAAAGGGUGUGGUGGCUAGCUUCACGUAUCUCGGAGGAAGCACAUGUUAACUGUUGUAUGAAAAGGGGUAGGGGGCACGGUGGCUUAGUGAUUAGCACUGUGCCUCGCACCUCCAGGGUUGGGGGUGUGACUGGGGGUUUCCUCCAGGUACUCCGGUUUCCUCCCCCAGUCCAAAGACAUGCACUGUCAGCUGACUGGCAUUUCCAAAUUGUCCGUUGUGUGUGAUUGUGCCCUGUGAUGGGUUGGCACCCUGUCCAGGGUAUCCCCUGCCUUGUGCCCCGAGUCCCCUGGGAUAGGCUCCUGUGUAGGAUCAGCGCUACAGAGAAUGGAUGGAUGGAUGGAUGGAUGGAUGAUAAGGGAUAGCUAGCUAAUGGGUGGGAAAUGAAUGAAAUGACCAUGGUGGGAAAAACAGCAAUGUCUUAUAACCAUGAAAGACAUUUACAGGGAAUAAUGCUGUAAAGAAUAAAGAAAGCCAGUCGUUUAGUUUUGUAAGAUUACAGAAACAUCCUGGCCAACACUCCAUAUCAGUAGGUGGUGCUAAUUCACCAAUCUGUUGUUUAUCAACUGCCAUCAAACUAAAACAAGAAGAAGAAGAAGAGGUUUUCCCACAAUUCCGUUCUUCCCGGAAGUGUCAGCCCCGCUUCUGCUGCUGAUUUGGAAUGGAAGCUUAUUAUGGGUGGAAAAUAGAAACCAGUUAGCUGUCUCUUCCAUCUCAUUUGAUUUAUAAUUUUUUUUUCUGAGAGGAGAACAAAACGCUGCCAUCAUGACAAAUGUGUACUCCUUUGACGGCAUCCUUGUAUUUGGACUCCUGUUCAUUUGUACUUGUGCAUACCUGAAGAAGGUUCCUCGGCUCAACAGCUGGCUCUUAUCUGAGAAAAAAGGCGUGUGGGGCGUCUUUUAUAAAGCUGCAGUAAUCGGGACCCGGCUUCAUGUUGCCGUGGCGCUGUCCUGUUUGUGUAUGGCCUUCUAUCUGGUCUUCGUGAAAUGACACUGAUGGAGCCAAUUCAUGGACACUGUUUGGACGUUGAGGCCUGGAGUGCCAUUGGAAACGCCGUACAGGCGAAUCCUACCAUCAGGACACACAGACACUGCUCCACAUUCCUACUUCCUGUUCCUUAAGUUAUCCUUUUUUCUCAUAUGGUAAUUUGUCUUCAACUCGAGCUGGAGGGAGAUGCGUCUUUAUCAAUGUAAAGGAAGUAAUAAGAUUAAGGACAAAUGACUCGUAUGAAUAUUUAGACUUUACUUAGUGGUUUAAGGUUAUUGUCAUGGUUAAACAUGAAAUGGUUAAACAUGAAAUGGUGUAAAAAUGAAGAAAAACACUAUCUUUUAUUUUCUCUCUCUCUGAAUUAUCUGCAAAUUGAUCCAUUUUUUUUAGAGGCAAAGUGCUUCAUAUGGUUGUAGCUUGGCUGCACGAUUUAUUAAAUCUUCUCUUUGGUCAUAAAUAUAGCCUAAUAUUUCUCAUCAGUGGCAGUAGUUUCAGCAUGAUGCCAUGAUGUGUCAUCCUCUUCAGUUGUCCAUUUUUGCUUUCUGACACACAGAUAAACUAAAUUUCAAAUUGAGGCUUUGGUUAUCCAGUCAAUUAGUAUAAAUUGGAUAGACUGAGACAAUAGGAAAAGUCAAAAUGCAUACAGUUUGCCCACACUGGCUUUUGGAUUUGCAGGUUAUAUUAAUAUGCGUUCCUCUCACGCCUGUUAAUGCAGUGGUUUCAGCCUGAAUGUCUUUAGUGCAACCACAUCUGAUUUGUUGCUUCCUUUUUGUGGUGUGAAUAUCAUAUUAUAAUAUAGAUAUUCUACAGUACAGCAACAAUGUGAACUGUUGGAGGUUGGUAUUUGUAAAUAUACUGUAUGAGAUAAAUAGUAAAUAGUAUACUAUUAAAAUCACAAUUGGGAUGAGAUUUUCUUUUCUAAAGCAAUAAGUAAUAAUAAGCAAUCUCUUGUCUUAUUUAGUCAACCGCAAAUCCAACUCUUACGAUCGAAUACAUUCUCACGUAGUACUUAUCGCAUAGUCAAUGCCAAAGUGGUCAUAGGUUUAAAAUUGAUGUGCAGAUUCGACCCUCACACUCGCAGCCUGUUAUUGUCAGCUAAAGAAAUCAUUUUGUAUACAUGUGUAAAUCUGCUCAUGGCUUUCUGCACACUGCUGUCCUUAUGGAGCAUUAAUGCUGGUUGUCAAGCAGAAGGUUUUGGUACCCUUGUUUUUUUUUGUAUUUAAAUUGAAUUAAAUAAAGAGUAUAAGCCCUUUA